AUGUUGCACCGGAGCAGCUCCUCCCCGCUCGCCCGCACUCCCUCUCCCUCUCCAUACCCCAACAUGUCCCGCAAAGCGCCCUCCCAGCCCAAGUCCACCCGGCAACAGGUCAAGUGUGACCUCAAGGACUUACCCACACUUGCCUCCGGCCAACACCCUCCUUGCUCCAACUGCAGAGAACGCGGCCUCAACUGCGUGGACGAGUUCGCGGAGGUGAAAGCGGUCAAGCUUCUCAGACGCGGUCGCCGUCUGCAGAAAGUCGAGGCUGUCUACGGCAAGGCGACGAAGGACGAUGCAGACCUUCACUCCGUCACUCCCCCACGCAGCGUAAUUCCCCAGCUCAAACCAGAGUUCUUCAGGUCUGCAUUUUUCCGCCGCUUCCACAUACAACGACCAAUCCUGGAGCCUACCGAGUACUGCUCGCGCUUUACGGACUGGUACAACGGCACCACUGACGGCCUGCAAUUUCCCGGCCAAUUGAUAGCCCUCGUGCUCGUCGUGUGGGCGGCCAGCUAUGGCAUCAACGAAGCCGGCGAGGAGGUCCCUGAGCUUACCGAAGAGGAUAUUCAGGAACGCAAAGAGCGCGUCAACGAGAUGCUCUAUGAGCUACUCUAUCUCAUCGACAUCCAUGCGAUCCUCCGGAAACCAUCUUGGGAUGGCGUACGAGUUCUACUUCUCGUCAUGCCUCUCACCGAAGAGGUUCAGACACCUAUGGAACGCUUGGCUAUGUAUGACGCUACGAUGAGUCAGGUCUAUGCGCUCUGCAGUCUUCAUUCCGCCGAGAUCGGCCAGGGAGAAUACGUCGACGCCCUAGUGCGUGCCCGAAUAUUUUGGUACGCACAUGUCAUUGACGGCGUCACGAGUGGCUUGCGUGGGGGUCGCAUUGCAUUAAGUGACGACGACCUGACGGCCUUCGAAGCGACGCUGCCGCCAUUAGGAAAUGAUGGCGGCCCUUCGAGCGCAUAUGCUUUCGCAUUUCGUUUCGCGACCAUUCCCAUCCGUAUCGCCUCCGUUUGCCGAGAGGUCCAUGCCGCUCUCACUGGCCCCAAGGCCCGUCAGCGCGAGGAGAUCGAUGAAGAGAGUCUCCAGGACGCUUGGGAUAGGCUGGAGCGUUGUUGGCGCGAUCUGGACGGCCUACGACAGUUCGGCCCAUACGGUAUCGUGCAAAUCGAGGAUAUAGAGAGGUUCAUAGACGGCUGGCAGAUUUUCCUUUUCGAGUCGCAUAAUGUCAUCCGCGAGGCCCUCAAGCAGCGACUUGUUGCGCUCCCGGUCCAGGAAACGUCAUUUUUGCCUGAAGGGCAUCCAUCGGGAAGGUCUCGGAAGUCUGAUACGAUAUUUCGCCUCCACAUGAAAGCCAACACGAAGUGCCACACUGUCGUCCGACAUGUCGUGACCAUCCUGCGCAGGAACCUCGGCAGUCCCUUCUUCCAGUACGACGCCGCGCUGGUUCGCGACGGGUGCUUCUUUGCUGGCUUCCUCUUGGCGGGAGAGAACGGGACGCGUGACGACGUCGAGGUCUGUCUAGCUGCGCUCUCGGAGAUGAAGUGGGCGUUCUCAAAGAACGACGAGCGGCAACGAACGGUGCGCCUCGUGUGGGACGCGCGCGCCUCUCAAACCCGCGGUCAGUCGUCGCGUAACUUCUCGUCCAGUCCAUCGGACGACACUAUUCGCGGCCCUGGCACCUUCGAGGGCAGUUACGCACGACGUUCGCUGAUACGCCCGACCAGCGUCCCUCCGCUCUCUUUGUCCGCUACGACCAUGGGCUACGACUCUCCGACCGCACCUAACACCGCUUGCACACCAGACGGCAGGUGGCCAUCCGCGGCAUCGGGCUCGGGCUCGGAAUCCGAGCGUUAUCACCCAUCUUCCCGUUCCCCUUCGAUACCCAGCACGUCAUCCUCGUACGUCCCGUCCUCGCACAGCGCACUCAGCCUCAGCAACGUCCUGCAGGGCGAGGGCGGGAAUGUCGGUCCGUCUCCGUUGCUCCUUGCGUCGUCGCGCGUAUCAGCUGGGCAUGCGACUGGCCAGAGCGGAUACUACGUGCCACCCUAUAAUUACCUCUCUAUGAGCGAGAAUGUGGAAACACGCCCGGCUGCCUCGCAGUCUGGGAGCCUGGAAACCUUGUCCCAACCGGGGCAGGCCCCGGGGUUCAGCCAUCCCACGACCACCUUCGAUUACACCGCGGUGUCGUACUCGUCGUCGUCCCUUGGCCAGACGGAGACUGGCUCCAGCUAUCUCCCCGCACCAGGCCCAUCCACUAGUCAGGCGGGCAGUCCCCCUUUCGGGGGGCCCGGCUACUACUGA